CCCUCAAAAUAUAUACCCUCUUAUCUCCCUAACUUAUACACCAAAACCAAGUCACAACAUAUAUAAAAAAAAAAAAUCACCAAGGAAAAAAAAAAGAGGAAGAAAAAAGAUGGCACCCCAAUCUUUCUUCAUUUUGCUAGUCUUGUUUCUCCAUUCGUUCUCAUCCACUAUUUCAGCUCAGUCUCCGGCAGCAGCCCCCACGCCAUCAGCCACCAACGUGACUGCCGUCCUCGAGAAGGCAGGCCAAUUCACCACCUUGAUCAAGCUCCUCAAAUCCACCAAGAUGGCUGACCAAAUCAACACCCAGCUCAGCACCUCAAACCAAGGCAUGACCCUCUUUGCACCAACUGACAACGCCUUCUCCAGCCUCAAGGCCGGCACGCUAAACUCCAUCUCCGAGCAGCAAAAGCUGCAGCUUGUGCAGUUCCAUGUGCUACCAUCUUUCUAUUCUGCUGCGCAAUUCCAAACCGUGUCCAACCCUCUGCAUACGCAGGCCGGGAACACCGAUGAUGGGCAGUUCCCGUUAAAUGUGACCACAUCUGGGAACCAAGUGAACAUAACAACAGGGGUGGUGAAUGCAGCCGUGGCUAAUACCAUUUUUACUGAUAGUCAGUUGGCGGUGUAUCAGGUCGACCAGGUGCUCCUUCCUUUGAGCAUUUUUGGCACUCCAGCACCCGCUCCUGCUCCAUCGAAGCCCGAAACAAAAAUUAAAGGUGCUGAUUCGCCUUCGGGAUCCUCGGAUAGCGGCAGCACUGCUGAAGCAUCAUCUGCAAUGGGGGUAGAACAACAUGGGAUCGCAGCAGCUGCAUCAGUGGGGGUGGUAGCAAUUCUUGCAGCAUUCUUUUUGUGAUUUUCGAGUUGAACUGCUGUGAUCAUCUGUACCUUUUGUUUUGUUUUUGUUUUAUGCCUUCUGUGCCAAGAAAUUUUGUAAUUUGUUAUGAUUUGAAAUUAAUUGGACAAUGUUCUUUGGAAUAA